UGGUAUCGCUUGACCUAGAAGUAUAGUACUAGGAUCCGUGGGUUUGCAGAUUUGUAAAUUGUUCACGAAGAAGUAUUCACAAUGUAAAUUAUGAUCCAAAAUCCAAGUAAGUAGUCUGAGCAUGGACCCCCGGCGUAGUGCCCAGGAUGUGUUACGUUGUGAUCUCUGUGAGACCCCGAUCCCCCCUACAGAGUGUAUGUACUGUGACAUUUGUGACAACUAUCUGUGUAGUCCAUGUGUGGGGAAACAUCUCUCAGACGAAUCCACAGAACACAAAAUGGUGCCAUUUGAAAAACGGGGAUCAACCACGAAAUGUCAAAAACAUUCCUCAAAAAUAUGUGAACUUUACUGUGAACAAUGCAACAUUCCUAUCUGUGUAAAGUGUGCUUCUUCUAAAGAACACAUAGGUCAUGAAUUUGCUGACAUGGUGGAAACAGAAAACCAAAAAGAAAUCAUACUCAAUGAUUUAAAAGAACUAGAAAAAUCAAUCUAUCCUAAAUAUCAGGAGAUUGCAUCUAACAUCCCGGUUCAGAAAGCUGAUCUUAAUGAAAACUCCAAAAAACUGACAAAAGCCAUUGACAAACAUGGAGAAGACUUGCACAGAGAAAUAGACAACAUAAUCAAGAAACUAAAAUCAGAUUUUGGUGAAAUGGACUCAAAAUAUCUGACUGUACUAAAUAAACAGGAAAAUGAAAUCACCCGCACUAUUUUUGAAAUCAAACAGAGCAUUGCUGAUCUGAAGAAGUUACUAAACUCAAAUGAUGUCAGUCACAUCUCUGACUAUAAAUCCAGGAAUGCUGAAUUUAGAAGAUUGCCUCCUAAAAUCACAGCUACCUUACCAAAAUUUACCCCUGAGAAAAUAAACAAAGAACAGCUUUAUCAACAGUUUGGUUCUCUGUCAGCGGCAUCUAUCAAAACAGAAGAACAUGGCUACACAAUGGCUUCUCCUGAUGCUGAGUCCUCUCCCCCAGACAGACCGCUCAUUGAUGUACCAUGGAUCAUCACAGAGAUAAACACAGAGUUUGGCCUUUCUAAUCUAUUACGCUGUGUGUCAUGUCAGAGUGAUGACAGCAUUUGGACAUGUGGUAAUGACAAGACAAUGAGACUCUACAAUCUGCAGGGUGAACUAGUGAGGUCAGUCCAAACCAAGUCAGGGAACAGGCCAGAGGACAUAGCAGUGACAAGGAGUGGGGAUCUAAUUUAUACAGAUAAAGAAAAUAGAACUGUAAACAUAAUAAAGAACACAGAGAUAGAGACAGUGAUCAGACUUCGGGGGUGGAAACUUCUUAGUUUCUGUUGUACCUUUUCUGGUGACAUCCUGGUUGUCGUAAACAGUGAUAAUGAUGAACAAACAAAAGUUGUACGUUACUUUGGCUCCAUGGAGAAACAAAGUAUUCAAUACAAUAACAAAAAACAACCUCUUUUUUCAACAAGUGUCCCUAAGGUCAUCUGUGAAAACAGAAACCUAGAUAUCUGUGUGUCAGACUAUUGGGCCCGUGCAAUAGUGGUGGUCAACCAGGACGGGAAACUCCGGUUUACCUACACUGGUAAUAUCUCUAGUGCUGCCUUGGGGUGUCCACAUGGCAUCACUACAGACAGCCAAAGUCGGAUCCUAAUAGCAGACAUUAACAACUACAUCCACAUCCUGGAUCAGGACGGACAGUUCCUUCGCUACAUUGACAACUGUCAAGUACAGGCUCCAUGGUGUUUAUGUGUGGACACCAGGGACAACCUCUUUGUGGCCGAGUUUUACUCGUGUAAAGUGAAAAAAAUUCAAUAUAACAAAUAAAAAAUGUGUUAAAACCAAUAUAUUUGCUGUGGCAGUGAUUAUAACUGUGAUAAUAAAAUGAGCCUUUGUAACAUAUAUUCUUGUAUUACAGAUGUAAACAAACUGAGUGUAUAUUGAUAUAACUUGUGUAAACAGACGGAUUGUUUUGUGUACAUGUGAUAAGUGAAAGCGGAAUGUUUUAUUCAUUGAAUGUAUUUCAUUCAUUUACUAAGUACAUGUAUACAU